AUGGUGCCCAAUAGCUUGGAGAAGAUGGUGCAGCUGCAGCGGAACCCUGCGAACAUCAGGAACAUCUGCGUGUUGGCGCACGUGGACCACGGCAAAACGACCCUGGCCGACUGCCUCAUAUCCAGCAACGGGAUCAUCUCCAGCCGCCUGGCAGGCAAGCUGCGGUACAUGGACAGCCGAGAGGACGAGCAGGUACGAGGCAUCACCAUGAAGUCCAGCGCCAUCUCCCUGCACUACGCACAGGGUGCCGAGGAAUACCUCAUCAACCUCAUCGACUCCCCGGGGCACGUGGACUUCUCCUCCGAGGUGUCCACGGCCGUGCGCCUCUGCGACGGGUGCAUCAUCGUGGUGGACGCCGUGGAGGGUGUCUGCCCGCAGACGCAGGCCGUUCUGCGCCAGGCCUGGCUCGAAAACAUCCGGCCCGUGCUGGUGAUCAAUAAGAUCGAUCGCCUGAUCGUGGAGCUGAAGUUCACCCCGCAGGAGGCCUACUCCCACCUCAAGAACAUCUUGGAACAGAUCAAUGCGCUCACGGGAACUCUUUUUACUUCCAAAGUCCUAGAGGAGAGAGCGGAGAGAGAGAGCGAGGCCCACGGGGCGCCGGGGGCCGGCCCGGCCGAGCAGGUGUACGACUGGAGCGCGGGCCUGGAGGACACGGACGACUCCCACCUGUACUUCUCCCCGGACCAGGGCAACGUGGUCUUCACCAGCGCCAUCGACGGCUGGGGCUUCGGGAUUGAGCACUUUGCCCAAAUCUACAGUCAGAAAAUCGGCAUAAAGAAGGAAGUUCUUCUGAAAACAUUGUGGGGAGAUUAUUACAUCAAUAUGAAAGCCAAGAGGAUCAUGAAGGUGGAUCAGGCGAAAGGAAGGAAGCCGUUAUUCGUACAGCUGAUCCUGGAGAACAUAUGGAGUUUGUACGACGCUGUCUUGAAAAAGGACAAAGAGAAGAUUGACAAGAUCGUCGCCUCCUUAGGACUGAAGAUCGGGGCCCGGGAGGCGCGGCACUCGGACCCCAAGGUCCAGAUCAGCGCCAUCUGUAGCCAGUGGCUGCCCGUCUCCCAGGCCGUGCUUGCCAUGGUGUGUCAGAAACUCCCCAGCCCGCUGGACAUGACACCCGAGAGGGUGGAGAAGCUCAUGUGCUCGGGGUCCCAGACCUUCGACUCGCUCCCCCCGGAAACCCAGGCGCUGAAAGCAGCUUUUAUGAAAUGUGGGAGCGAAGAGGCCGACCCGGUUAUUAUCUUCGUGUCCAAGAUGUUUGCCGUCGACGCCAAGGCUUUGCCUCAGAAUAGGCCCAGGCCUCUCACGCAGGAGGAGAUUGCGCAGAGGCGCGAGCAGGCCAGACAGAGGCACGCGGAGCGGCUCGCCGCAGCGCAGGGCCCGGUGCCCGCGGGGCCCGCCGCCGACGGGACCACCCCCGAAACCAGUCCCGAGGGAGAGGAGCCCAAAGGCGGUGAGCCGCAGGGGGAGAGUGCCACCCCGAGACCCGCCCCGCAGGAAGCCGGCGGCCAGGAGACCGGCCAGGAGACGUUCGUGGCGUUUGCCCGCGUGUUCAGCGGCGUGGCUCGCAGGGGAAGCAAGAUCUUCGUCUUGGGGCCCAAGUACAGCCCCGUGGAGUUCCUGCAGCGGGUGCCGGCGGGCUUCUCGGCCCCUCCGGACGAGCUGCCCGCGGUCCCCCACAUGGCAUGCUGCACGCUGGAGCAGCUGUACCUGCUGAUGGGACGGGAGCUGCAGGCCCUGGAGGAGGUGCCGCCGGGAAACGUGCUGGGCAUCGGGGGCCUCCAGGACGUCGUGCUGAAAUCCGCCACCCUGUGCAGCGCGCCCGCCUGCCCGCCCUUCAUCCCCCUCAGCUUCGAGGCCACCCCCAUCGUCAGGGUGGCCAUCGAGCCCAAGCACCCGAGUGAAAUGCCGCAGCUUGUGCGAGGAAUGAAGCUGCUGAACCAGGCCGACCCCUGCGUGCAGGUCCUGAUUCAGGAGACGGGCGAGCACGUGCUGGUCACCGCCGGGGAGAUCCACCUUCAGCGCUGCCUGGACGACUUGCGGGAAAGGUUUGCCAAGAUCGAAAUCAGCGUCUCUGAGCCCAUCAUCCCGUUCCGAGAGACCAUCACCAAGCCGCCCCGCGUGGACAUGGUGAACGAGGACAUCGGCCGGCAGCAGAAGGUGGCCGUCACCCGCCAGGCCCGGGACGACCACAGCCGGGUCCCCGAGGGGGUGCAGGUGGACGCCGACGGGCUGGUCACCGUGACGACGCCCAACAAGCUGGCCACGCUCAGCGUGCGGGCUGUGCCCCUUCCGGAGGAGAUCACCCGGCUCCUGGAGGAGCACAGCGACCUGAUCCGCGCCCUGGAGCAGCUGGCGUCCUCCCCGAGCGAGGGCCGGGGCGCCCCGCCCCCCCAGCGGACCCGGGAGAGGAUCCGGGAGUUCAAGGGCAAGCUGGAGCAGCACCUGACCGGCCGCAAGUGGAGGGACGCCGUGGACCGGAUCUGGUCCUUCGGCCCCAGGAGGUGCGGGCCCAACAUACUGGUGAACAGGAGCGCCGACUUCCGGAGCUCCGUGUGGGCGGGCCCCGCGGGCACGGCCGGCCCCGAGGCCAGCCGGUACCGGGACCUGGGCAACAGCAUCGUGAGCGGCUUCCAGCUGGCCACGCUGGCCGGCCCGCUGUGCGAGGAGCCGCUCAUGGGCGUCUGCUUCGUCCUGGAGCGCUGGGACCAGAGCAAGUUCGAGGAGGCGGGCGCCGGCGAGAGGCAGAGCCGGGACCCGCCGGGAGAGGGGGCCGGGGCGGCGGAGGGCGGCCCCCCCGAGCCGGCCGACAGGAGGACGGCCCCGAAGGGCGAGCCGGCCCCGGCGGACUGCUACGGGCCGCUGUCCGGGCAGCUGAUCGCCACCAUGAAGGAGGCCUGCCGCUACGCCCUGCAGGUGAAGCCGCAGCGCCUGAUGGCGGCCAUGUACACGUGCGACAUCAUGGCCACCAGCGACGUGCUCGGCCGGGUGUACGCCGUGCUGUCCAGGCGGGAGGGCCGGGUGCUGCAGGAGGAGAUGAAGGAGGGCACGGACGUGUUCGCCAUCAGGGCCGCGCUGCCCGUUGCCGAGAGCUUCGGCUUCGCCGACGAGAUCCGCAAGAGGACCAGCGGCCUGGCCAGCCCGCAGCUCGUCUUCAGCCACUGGGAGGUCAUCCCCAGCGACCCGUUCUGGGUGCCGACCACGGAGGAGGAGUACCUGCACUUCGGGGAGAAGGCCGACUCGGAGAACCAGGCCCGCAAGUACGUGAACGCCGUGCGCCGGCGCAAGGGCCUCAGCGUGGAGGAGAAGAUCGUGGAGCACGCCGAGAAGCAGCGCACCCUCAGCAAGAACAAGUAG